CAAACGCUCUGCUGAUGACGUGUACACCUGAGCACCGUUAGCUAGCUAGCUUAGCCUAGCCACCUGUUAGAAGUAAGGUGUUGAAGGUAAAGGAGGGUUCAGAAGUGAAGACAAUUUCAGCGUUACGACUCAAGACACAAAAUGGAGACGCUCUACCAUCAGACACAUAAGCAAAUCCAGGAGGUGCAAUCUCUCAUGGGAAAUCUGGAGAAGACAGAUCGGCAGUCAGUUCACUUGUUAGAAAACGAACUUCAGAUCAGAAUUGACCAGAUUUUCAAUCACCUAGAACGUCUGGAGAUCCUAGCAAGCAAGGAACCACCAAACCGCCGCCAGAACGCAAAACUACGAGUGAACCAGCUUAAGUAUGAUGUCCAACACCUUCGCACAGCUCUGCAAAACUUCCAGCACCGACGCUAUGCCAGGGAGGCCCAGGAGAGAGAGAGGGAGGAACUCAUGAGCAGGACUUUCACCACCAAUGACGCAGAUACCUCCAUCCCCAUCGAUGAGACGGUUCAGUUAAACGCCAGACUGCACAACGCACACAACAACAUAAAUAACGCUAUAGACAAUGGAAAUAGCAUCCUCGAUAGUCUAAGAGAUCAAAGAUCCACUCUGAAGGAAACCCAUAAGAAGAUGCUGGAUGUGGCCAACAUGAUAGGGCUGUCCAACACAGUGAUGAGGCUGAUCGAAAGACGAGCCACCCAAGAUAAAUUUAUCAUGAUUGGAGGAAUGCUGUUGACCUGUGCCCUAAUGUUCUUAGUGAUCAGAUAUUUGGGCUGACUUCCAUCGAUGACAUCAAUGACACUGUUUGAUCAGCCACAGACAUUUCUAUAGCAAAUCAUCCCUCAUGAUAUGAAUAGUGGCAGAACUGAUUUUUUUAUCAUCUUGUCAAGGUAAUAUGUGAUUAAAUAUGCAAUGGUAAUAUGGUUUAAUUUUGUGCAACUGAGAAAAUGGCAUAGUUGAAGACCUUAAGUCCAUUCAGUAUUUAGUUCCACCUGCGACCUGAAGAGAGCAUUGAACUUGCUGCUUCCAUUUUCUAACCACUCUGGAACUGCCUAUCACUGUAACUCUUGUGACCUUCACAGCUUUUUUUGUCUGCAUCAGUCUCUUCAGUGACUUUGCUUUCCCCUCCAGUGUAAAGCUAUUUUACUGUUCCUGAAUCAGUCAUGUUAUCUAUGUCAUUUUCUUGUACUCUAUUAAGAGAAGUAGAAAACUAAAUGCUCUUUUUGUUUUCAUAGAAAUGUAUUAAUACACCCUGAUCAUCUGUUUAAAACUGUGUAGCUGAAGUAAUGGACACAAUGGCAACAAGAAUCUGUUCAGGAAUACAUUAGAGGCAGUAUUUCUUCUCAAUCUGUUAUAAUUCUCUUGGAUGUAUGCUUCUGUCUAAUCUCACUGUGUGAGUGACCUUGUCCUCUUUAUCUGAAUUAAAAAGGCUUCAUUUCCUUGUGAUAUAA